UCUGUACAAGGAGGCCAUGAUGGAGGAGCACCAGCCUCUUAUAUCACAGGCAGAAAAUUCCUAUAAGAAUUCUGAGGGAAACUUCAUGUUGUCACUAAAUUAUAAAACAGAAGAUGAAGACAUCAUGCAGUGCUCUUCAGGAGAAAAUCGUAAUGUACAUCCAGGACUUCACAGUACAGACCUAUCAGAUAAUCCCCCUGUUCAUGAGGAAUCAUCUGACCAAUCACAGUUUGCUACCAUAAGUGCUGGUCAGAAAGGGGGUAAAAGGUUUCAAAAGAUCACAAAAAGAUCAAAUCUUUCUACAGACAGAAGAAUUCGCACACGGCAGAAGCUGAUUUCAUGUCCAAAAUGUGGGAAAUAUUUUGCAUUUAAAUCAGGGCUUGUUCGACAUGAGAGAAGUCACACAGGAGAGAAGCCGUAUUCAUGUUCAGAAUGUGGGAAAUGUUUUACACAGAAAGCAAUUCUUGAUCGACAUGAGAGAAUUCACACAGGAGAGAAGCCGUAUUCGUGUUCAAAAUGUGGGAAAUGUUUUAUACAGAAAUUCUAUCUUUUAACACAUAAGAGAAGUCACGGAGAGAAGCAGUAUUCAUGUUCAGAAUGUGGGAAAUGUUUUAGUGAGAUCUCUGCUCUUAAUAGACAUAAGAAAAUUCAUACAGUAGAGAAACAGUCUUCAUGUUCAGAAUGUGGGAAAUUUUUUAGUGAGAUCUCUGCUCUUAAUAGACAUAAGAAAAUUCAUACAGGAGAGAAACCAUAUUCUUGUUCAAAAUGUUGGAAAUGUUUUACACAGAAAGCAAAUCUUGAUUCACAUGAGAAAAUUCACACAGGAGAGAAGCCAUAUUCAUGUUCAGAAUGUGGGAAAUGUUUUACACAGAAUUCAAGUCUUAGUGCACAUCAGAGAAGACACAGAGGAGAGAAGCCGUAUUCAUGUUCAGAAUGUGGAAAAUGUUUUUCAGAAAAAUACAAUCUUUUCACACAUAAGAGAAGUCACGGAGAGAAGCCGUAUUCAUGUUCAGAAUGUGGGAAACGUUUUACACUUAGACAAAGUCUUGUUAAACAUGCGCUAUGUCACACAGUAGAGAAGCCAAAUUCAUGUUCAGAAUGUGGGAAAUAUUUUACAGAUAAAUCAGAGCUUGUUAGACAUGAGAGAAGUCACAAAGGAAAGAAGCCGUAUUCAUGUUCAGAAUGUGAGCAAUGUUUUAAGCAAAAAUCAGAUCUUGAUAGUCAUGAGAGAAGUCACAGAAGAGAAAGGAUACGCUCACAAUUCCAGAAUUUAGACUUUGAUUUCGAUUCCAAUUAAAACCUUAACGACCCUGGACGAUAAUGCUCAUCCUAACUUGCAGGUACUUCAGGCACUAGGACGAGCAUUCUCGUCUUAGGGUUAAAACGCUGCCCCACAUGCCCUGCCGCGAUCAGCAGCAGGGGCCCUACUGUAUCUGCCAGCAUCAGUGAAAACAGCGAUAUCGGAGGAUUAACCCCCUUUAUGCCGCGGUCACGCUGACCGCGGCAUACAAGGGGCUUGCGGCAGCUUGUACAUUCCCUUCAGGUUCCCGUUCUCCGGUGACGGGGGCCCGAUGGUUGCUAUGGCAGCCCCGAUACCUUGAACAGGCAUCAGGACUGCCAGCUACAGAAGCCCAAGAGAUCCAGCCCCAGGGCUGGGUCUCCUAUGCAACUGUAAGCAUCUUAAAGUGUAAGACACUGACCGUUCAAUAUAGCACAGUAUAGAUGUAUUGUGCUGUAUUGAAACAGGGAUCAGACCCUGAAAUGUUAAAGUCCCAUAGUGGGACAAAAAAUAAAGUGAAAAAAUAAG